AUGCCAUCCCGCAAGCGCGUGCAGGCGUCUACGGACUCCGGCGAGGAAAGCGACGGGUCCAACCAGCCAGCCAUGAGUUCUUCAAGAAAACGACAGCGGACAAAUUCAGAGAGCUCAACAGACUCGGAAUCUCCAAUCUCUUCCGGCUCUGUUACCAACGCCCCCGAUUCACUUUUAGCCGUCAACGACGAUGCGCUUCUCGACGAUGAGGAUGAGCUAGAGCUCCGCCAGACCCAGAUCAUACAAGAAAAAUACUCGCAUUUGAUUGACGAGGCCAACGUGCCCGCCGAACAUGGAAUCCUCGAACGCGUUGAGUGCUACAAUUUCAUGUGCCAUGAUCACUUCUACGUGGAAUUGGGUCCCUUGAUCAACUUCAUUGUUGGUAAAAACGGUAGCGGUAAGAGUGCGAUCCUGACAGCGAUCACCCUCUGUCUAGGUGGCAAAGCCUCUGCGACAAAUCGUGGCCAAAGCCUUAAAAGUUUCAUCAAAGAGGGCAAGGAAAAUAGCACGAUCAUCGUUCGCAUCAAGAAUCAAGGCGACGGUGCCUAUCUGUCAGAUGAUUUUGGGAAAACCAUUAUUGUCGAGCGUCAUUUCUCCCGAAGCGGCACUAGCGGGUUCAAGAUCAAGUCAGAGAAUGGGCGCAUCGUCUCGACUAAAAAGGCCGAGCUGGAUGCUAUCACGGACUACUUUUCCCUGCAGAUCGAAAACCCUAUGAACGUACUCUCUCAAGAUAUGGCCCGUCAGUUCUUGAGUACAUCAAGCCCAGCUGAGAAAUACAAAUUCUUUGUCAAAGGCGUCCAGUUGGAACAGCUCGAUAACGACUACCGGCUGGUGGAGGAAUCCCUCGACUCAAUUGAAGAAAAGCUCAGAACAUCAGCCCAAGACGUACAGGUCCUCCAAAACCGCAAGGAAUUGGCCAAGAAAAAGCUCGACAUAUCUGACCAGCACGAUUCUCUACGAAAACGGAUCAGAAAUAUCCGAGGCCAAAUGGCUUGGGCUCAAGUUGAAGAGCAAGAAAGAAUGGAAAUAUCACUCACCGAACAAAUCGCCGAGGCAGAUCGGAAAAUUGCCGAGGCCGAGUCUCGCCUCACUCGGUUUGAUGCUGCCUUUGAUGGAGUCGCCGCGGAGGAAACAGCUGCAGGUGAACAUUCCUGGCGAGCUGCUGUGGCAGUGAAUGAGGCCCAAGAUGAAAGGGACAAAAUAAAAGAAAAACUGGACACUGAGAUGGCCGGCCGGCAUGACCUACAGGCGGAACAACGCCAGAUUAGGGAAUAUCUCAAAGCGGCCGAGUCGAGAAUCCAGGAAACCCAGCAAAAAGUCGACGAUGAGAAUCAGCGUCUUGCUGAUGUGAGCGGUGGCGGCUACGCUCGAAAACAAGACGAGUGUGAACAAGCCGCCAAUGACGCUUCUGCUGCCCAAAAGGAAUACGAAGAGCAUCGCCAAGGUACCGCUCGCCUACGGGAAAACGUUGAAACCGCCGAGAGAGAUCUCACAGAAGCAAAUGGUCCCCUUGAACAGAAAAACCGCGAGAUUGAUCAAGCGGAAAACCAACUUGAGAAUCUCACUAAAGAAGGUGGAUCGAGACAGUCCGGCUUCAAUUUCAAAAUGCCUGCACUCCUGAAAGCCAUUCAACAGGAGCAAUCGUGGGAGUCACGCCCUGUUGGCCCAAUUGGUCACCAUGUCACUCUGCUAGAACCGAAGUGGUCAUCUAUUUUGGAAAGAGUGUUUGGUGGCACGCUUGCCGGUUUCAUCGUUUCGUCCAAAAAUGACAUGAAGCUUCUUUUCGAUAUCAUGCGGCGGGUUCAGUGCAACUGUCCAGUCUUCAUUGGCUCUGGUGGCCGUUUGGAUACCUCGGCACACGAACCAGACUCCCAAUACAACACUGUUUUACGAACACUUCAGAUCGACAAUGAAUUAGUGCGGCGACAACUGAUCAUCAACCACGGGAUUGAACAAAUGCUGUUGAUCGAGGACGUAAGCGAAGCCUCCGCUGUGCUAUUCGACGGUGCACGACCAAGAAACGUUAAGCGUUGUUACUCCAUUGAUCCAAAAGAUCGACGUCGAGGACUCCAUCUUUCAUACAGCCGAGCCGGAGAACCGAGUCAGGCUCCUGUUAUGGGGUGGACCGAUGGCCCGCGCAUGAAAUCAGACGUGGCCUUGCAAAUCAACGCACAACACGACAUUAUUGCCGACCUCAAACGCCAAAAGAACGACAUUGAACAGUCAUUGGUAACUGCCCGGUCACGCGUCGAGGCCUGCAAACAGGCACUGGCCCGACACAGAAGAACCGAGAAAGACCUGCAAAUUCAAAUGCAACGAAUGGAAGAUCAUGCAGAGGGACUCCGAGACGCCCUGGACAAAGAGAACGCCGAGGAUGGACGCAUUGACGCCCUUCAGGCAGCCCUCAAGGAAGCCGAAGAUGAGAAGCAGCUCAAUGAGGGAUCAUACAAGGAUAGCGAGGCAGCCAUGAAAGCCAUGUUGCAGACUCUCAAAGAAAUUCGGCGGGAACUAUCCGCCAAAGACUCUGAACUUGGAACCCUCCGGGAAAAACUACAAGUUGCUGAAAGCGAGCAAAAUCUUGUGAAAACGAAACAAGCCAGAAUCCUUGAGGAGAAGAACGAAGCUGUUGGACUUGUUAACGAAAAUAAACAGACCAAGGCUGCAAUCGAGGCGAGAAAAGAAGUGGUAAAAGCACGGGUUAUUGAAUACAAUGAAAAGGCCAACUUGGUCUCCUCCCGAGUUCCUGUGGACGAAGGAGAAACACCCGGCAGCCUCGACAAAAAGCUCGAUAAACUAAGCCGUGACCUGGAUCGUUACAACUUAGAGUUGGGAAGUUCUCGAGAGGAAAUUGCUGCUGAAGCAACAAGGACUGCGGCAACCUAUGAUCGAGCCUUGCAGCAACUUGAACAAUUUUCGGCCUUGAGUCAGGCCCUGAAAGAUACCCUGCAGAACCGUAAGAAGAGAUGGGAAAUCUUCAGAUCCCACAUCUCGUCUCGAGCCAAAGCUCAAUUCACCUAUCUCUUGAGUGAGAGAAGUUUCCGUGGUCGGCUUCUGGCUGACCAUACCAACAAACUUCUGGAUCUACAAGUUGAACCUGAUAUUACCAAAGAUGAUAGCACCGGGAGAGGUGCAAAGACACUGUCCGGUGGCGAAAAGUCGUUCUCGCAAGUCUGUCUGUUAUUGUCUCUUUGGGAAGCCAUGGGAUCUCCGAUCCGUUGUCUUGAUGAAUUUGAUGUGUAUAUGGAUCAUAUCAACCGAAAGAUGGCGAUUGACAUGCUUAUGGUUGCCGCUAGACGAUCUAUUGGGCGACAGUUCAUUCUGAUCACACCUGGUAGCAAGACCGAUAUCACCAUCUCUGCGGAUGUCAGAGUGAAGGAAUUGGCAGAGCCAGAGCGUGGCCAAACGACACUAACCUUCCGGCGCUGA